CGAAGAUGAAGGUCACAAGUAUCCACUCGCCAUUCCACCACUCACCAAAGGUCGCUAUGUUGAUGAUAUCUAUGGUGGUGCAGACACUAAAGAAGAACUCUCAGAAAUCGCUCUCGACUUGAAAAAUCUCUGCAUGGCGGGCGGCCUCCCCUUAGCAAAGUGGCAAUCGAACUCUCCUAGUACGCUCAAGAUGGUAACCGAGGAAGAAAUGAUACCAUCGCCGAUCUCAUUUGACGACUGUCCUACUUCAACGAAACUUCUAGGCCUACUCUGGUAUCCUCAAGAGGAUUACUUCUCAUUCAAGAUCAACUCAAGCUCAUCUGGGUCUGUGGAACUUUGGCUCCAGAAACUGUCAUGGGACGAACCACUGUCAUCUCAACUCACAGAAAGAUGGUGUAACAUCAGAGAAGAUCUCAAAUCAUUGAUCAAUGUACGAGCACCUCGCUGGAUUCUGCUCACAAACGAACACUCCACGGAGGUACACAACUCACACUGUCCACCAUCCGACAACAAUAUUGGAUCAUUGGAAGAAGAGCCCCAGUGA